UCUGAAGCAAAUACAAUCAUGCUUUGUCCUACUGAUAUGUCGAUGAACUGAACCUUUAUUCCUAUUAUCACACCUCAGAUGUUUCCUAUUAUUCAGAAGCCUCAACAGAUUCCUCAUAUCAGUGCUUAUUGUCAAUGAGGUCAGCUAAAUCCUGGAAGGUCUUUAACAAAGACUCAGACUAGUGAAAAUGCUACGAAAAAGAAACAAGAGCCUUGCUUACCAAGAACUAAACGAAUUAGGAGUUAUAAUGAAACAAAUACUGAAUCUUCAAACUCAGAAAUGCAACUCAAGAAGGUCAGGCUUACUGAUUUGCCGAGGAAACAGAACAGAAAGAAUAAAGUUCUCCAAAGACUUUCUUCCCUCGGAUCAGGUUCUAAGAUCUUUCAAGAAAUAGAAAGCAUAUCUAACCCAGAAGAGGUUAUCAUUAAAGCUUCUGCUAAAUGCCAAACUGCCCGGACUGAAGGUCUGGGAAUGAGAUCAAAGUACAUCGGAGUCUGUCAUAAGAAAGGGAUGUAUAACGCCUAUAUUGUGGCAAAUGGCAAGAAGACCUACAUCUGAGGAACAAAGAAUGAAGAAAUAACUGCAAGGUAUUAUGAUUACUGAGCCAUUCUUCUUCAUGGAAGAGCAGCAACAACCAACUUCUCGUAUACAAAGAGACAGUUGAUGGAAAUGCUGGCUUCUGAAAGAAUUUGUUCAGAAUCUUAAGUAGCAUAUCUUAUGACUUGCUAAUGAAAAAUUUUCUUGGAGAUCUAAAAUAAACAAGACACGACUUUCAAAGAUAAAUUACAAAUACAUCACCCCAUUUUCCAUGACUAAUCUCCAACACUUCUUUCCUUAACAC